UUUUAGUUGCUGCACUUGCCGAUUCAUCGAAUCCUACAGGGCUGUCUACAUUAUUUUUAUCAUGUGGAUGUUCAAGCCAUUCACACAGAAGGAGCAGACUGGGUUAGAAGGCCGUACAAUUGAUAUUGGUAAUCUAAAGGUUCAUGUCCGGAAUGCUAUCGCUGAAGGGGGGUUUUCUUGUGUUUACCUUGCCCAAGAUGUUGUUAAUUUGUCGAAGCAGUAUGCGUUGAAGCACAUCAUUUGUAAUGAUGAGGAAUCCCUGGAGUUGGUGAUGAAGGAGAUCUCAGUGAUGAAAUUGCUCAAAGGACAUCCAAAUGUUGUUGCUCUUCAUGCUCAUACAAUCUUGGAUAUGGGGAGGACAAGGGAAGCUCUUCUUGUUAUGGAAGUUUGUGAGAAAUCUCUGGUCAAUGUACUUGAGAACAGAGGAGCAGGGUAUUUUGAGGAGAAACAGAUUCUUUCAAUUUUCAGGGAUGUGUGCAAUGCUGUAUUUGCAAUGCACUGCCAAUCCCCGCCCAUUGCCCACAGAGACUUGAAAGCUGAGAAUAUUCUUUUGGGGCCUGAUGGUACAUGGAAGUUGUGUGAUUUCGGGAGCACAUCAACCAAUCACCAGCGGUUUGAAAGGCCAGAAGAAAUGGGGAUAGAAGAAGACAACAUCAGGAAGCACACAACACCAGCCUAUAGGGCUCCUGAGAUGUGGGAUUUAUUUCGAAGAGAAGUUAUAAAUGAGAAGGUAGACAUCUGGGCUCUUGGAUGCCUCAUUUACCGGAUCUGCUACUUCAAAUCUGCAUUUGAUGGAGAGUCAAAGCUGCAAAUUUUAAAUGGAAACUACCGCAUCCCGGAAUUACCAAAAUACAGUCCAUCCAUUACGGACCUAAUCCGAGACAUGCUUCAAGCAUAUCCAGAUGCCAGACCGGACAUCACACAGGUUUGGUUUCGUGUUAAUGAGCAAUUACCUAUAGAGUUGCAGAACUCAUUACCGGACAGGACUCCAGACAUGCAUCUGCAAACUGCUCACAGUGAUGGGAGCAUUCCAAAUUCUGCAAACAAAGCUCCUCCAAUGCCUCGUAGGAGUCCGCCGCCUCCACCUUCAUCCCGGGAGCAAGUUCAGAAUGUAUCACCAGCAUCCCUCACAUCCAAGGCAGGUGGAGGGGAAGGACAAUUGGGUGCAUUCUGGUCCACCCACCUUGUUAAAGACUCACUAAUUGUGAAGGACCAGGGUAGGUCCACUUCUAAUCAAGAAGCAGCUAGCCAAAGCACAUCGAAGCAUGAUCGAUGGAGUCCAGAGAAUCAACAUUGUCCUGAAAACAUUAGCCCUUCAAAAGAGCAAAAUGUCCAAUCACAUACCUUACGGAGGAAUAUGCUUGAAAACUCCGUUAACAGAUUUGAAGAGGGUCCUGAGGACUUUGAAAUAAGGUUUUCAUCAGAUGAUGUAGAUCAUGGUUCUGAGAGAACAAAAUCAUCAGUGUCUGCGAAUGUAGCAACUUUCCAGAAUGAAGUGUUCAACACCUUUGUAGCUGAAUUCGAUUCCAAAAAACUUGACUCUUUAAGUAAUACUAAGAAAUCAAACAAGGAAGAAGCAUAUGAGGUUGAAGUGGGUAAGCUGAAAGAGCAGUUGAAGCAAGCCAAUAUCAAGAAAGCUGAAAUAACGUCCAAAUAUGAAAAAUUGUCUUCUAUUUGCCGUUUUCAACGGCAAGAAAUCCAGGAGUUAAAGCAAGCUCUGUCUGUUAGAACUCUGUCAUCCAACAACGAUGCUCCUAAGAACCGAACUUCUGGAAAUUGGCAGUCUUCCACUCCUCCGAGGGAGAAUAUUGAAGGAACUGUGAGGGAACUCCAGCAAGGGAGUCCAGACUCCAAGCCAUGGCAAGCAUUCCUCGAGGAGCCCAAGCCUCAGCCUCCUGCUGUGACUUCCAGCUCUCACACUUGUGGUUUUGAAACUGAGAGUUUCAAAGCAAUCCCUGACAACUCUCAGAUUUCCAGAAUUCCUGGUCCGAGGAAUAGCUCCCAGGUGUUUAGUGACUCAAAGAUUGUGGAAACCAAGACUGCUCAUCCUGCUGGGUGGGCGGGUUUCUAG